AUGCUAAGCGAGGAGAGAUCUUAUUGGCUAUUUAAGGAUUCCUCCUUAGUCAAAUGGCCUCCCAGGCUAAGAGGAGACCCGGCAACAAGAAACCCGAAUGUCUACUGCCAUUUCCACCAAGAUCAUGGGCACAACAUAGAAAAUUGCAAGAAUCUCCACGAUGAGAUCGAGGAACUUAUCCGUCGCGAGUACCUGAAGAAUUACAUCCUACGAGAAGAGAGGGGGCAAGCAGACCGACAGGGGAACCAGAGGAGGAAUGCCUCUGAGACUAACAGGCAGAAUGAGCAGCCACCUCGACAGUUGCCAAAGGAAAGGCUAGUUCACGGAGUGAUCAAUAUGAUCACCAGUGGGUCCAUCAUUGUUGGAUGUACAUCAGCAGCUGGGAGGACCUCGGUUCGCGAAUUGGAGAACGAAGGUGAAAACCUGCCAAAGCGACCUCGGCUCGAAGAACCGAUCUACUUCGCAGAGGACGACGCGCGUGGGAUCCAAUACUCGUACGAUGAUUAUUUAGUAGUGAAGCUAAGGAUCAAUGACUUUGAGGUGAAACGCAUCUUAGUAGACGCAGGCAAUUCAGCAGACAUACCCUUCAAGGAGACCUUCAACAACUUACAGUUACAGCAGAGCGACCUGAAACUAGUAGAUACACCCUUGAUAGGGUUCAGCGGCGAAGAGGUCAGACCUCUUGGUCGAGUCACAGUACCCAUGGAAGCAGGCACAUGGCCAAACAUUAUACGAUUUGAGCACACGUUCUUGGUAGUCACGACUCCCUCCCCCUACAAUGCAAUAGUAGGUAAGCCUAUCACGCACGUUUUGCAUGCGAUAGUGUCCACUUACUACUUAGCGAUGAAGUUCCCAACCGACUACGGGGUGGGAGUCGUGCGAGGUGACCAGCUCGAAUCACGCAAGUGCUAUGUGGCCGCUUCGAAAGGAAAAGCAAAGAUGGCAAAAGACGUUGAACUCAAGCAACCAGCGGAGUAUACCGAUGAGCAAGCUGCCCCAAAGGAAGAAACGGUCCACAUAUCAAUUUCGGCCACCGAACCAGCCAGAACUCUUUAG